AUGUUCGAGAAAGCCAAGGCCGAAGCUGGAGCUCCUGCCCACAUCCCUCAGCUGCCUCUACCGCCCUACCCGAUGGGCGUCAUCCCCGAGUAUACUCGCCACACCACUCCCAUCGCAUUACGUGUUCGUGAACGCAAGUCUUCCUUCACAGGCGACGACUUUGCUGUCAAAGAUGCCGUCACAGGCAACACCAUCUUCGACAUCCGUGCCAAGGUGUUGUCGCUCCAUCAGAAGAAGACCGUACACGAUCACUCCGGACGUCCCCUGUUCGAGUUUGGAGUCUCUGGAAUCUCGAUCAUGAGAGCAUACGUUGGAAAGAGCUGUGACAGUGCAAGCAGAGAACUCUUCCACAUCAAAACAGCCGGUAUGCUCAAAUCAAAACUCAACAUCACUUUCUCCAAUGUGGCAGCAAACGGCCGAGAAGAAAAGUGGGUAUUGAAAGGCAAGUGGCUUAGUGGAUCAUCGCAGAUCACGACCGAGGCAGGAGUUGUGGUCGCUAGCAUCUCGAGAGACUAUGCCAACGCAGGCCAGAUCCUGUUCGGUCAGCAGACCUACAUGGUAACUGUGGCUCCAGGCGUCGAUGCUUCUCUCAUCACUGCAAUCUGCAUCUGUCUGGAUGAAUCUUAUAGCGAAACCUAA